UGACCACAUUCCGGAAGUGCCCGAGCGGCGGCGGAAGCGGAAGUACCACGGCGGUGGGGGCCGCGGGAAGCAUCGGUCGCAAUUUUCCCUCCCUCUCGACCACAAUAACAGACGGAGGGCCGGCGUAGGUACUUUGAAUUCAAAUAACCAAGAGGGGAGAUUUGCUCUUCUAUAUUGGAGAUAACGCAGCAGCGAUGGGUCCACGAAAGAAAAGUGUUAAAAGAUGUCUCAUGAAUAAUGAGAUCCCUGAGGAAACAGUAUCAGAGGAAACAAAAGAUUAUAUGAAUCAGCUUUCACAUGAAGUGCUUUGCCAUAUUUUUAGGUACCUCCCUCUGCAGGAUAUCAUGUGUAUGGAAUGUCUUUCCCGGAAGCUAAAGGAAGCAGUGACCCUGUACCUGAGAGUUGUGAGGGUUGUGGAUCUCUGUGCUGGGCGCUGGUGGGAAUACAUGCCAAGUGGCUUCACAGAUUCCAGUUUUCUGACACUAUUGAAGAAGAUGCCAGACGUCGAACAGCUAUAUGGCCUUCACCCUAGAUACCUUGAGAGGCGGAGGGUGCGUGGCCAUGAAGCUUUUAGCAUUCCAGGUGUUCUGGAAGCUUUGCAGGCAUGCCCAAACUUAGUGGGUGUGGAGACUUCUCAUUUGGAAUUGGUAGAAUCCAUUUGGACGUAUAUGCCUCAUGUUCAUAUUUUGGGGAAGUUUCGGAAUCGUAAUGGAGCAUUUCCAAUUCCUCCUGAAAAUAAACUGAAAAUUCCUAUAGGAGCAAAAAUUCAAACUUUGCAUUUAGUUGGGGUGAAUGUUCCUGAAAUUCCUUGUAUCCCAAUGUUAAGGCACCUUUAUAUGAAGUGGGUAAGACUCACUAAGCCACAGCCAUUCAAAGACUUUCUUUGCAUCAGCUUGCGAACUUUCGUCAUGAGGAACUGUGCAGGUCCCACAAACUCCUUGAAAUAUGUCCCUUUAGUAACAGGCCUGGCCUCUGCCCGAAACUUGGAACACUUAGAAAUGGUUCGAGUUCCUUUCCUUGGAGGUCUUAUCCAACAUGUAGUUGAAGACAGUUGGAGAUCAGGUGGUUUUAGAAAUUUGCACACCAUUGUUUUGGGAGCUUGCAAAAAUGCUCUUGAAGUAGACCUUGGUUACCUCAUUAUCACUGCUGCUCGUAGGUUACAUGAAGUUCGUAUCCAGCCUUCCCUAACCAAAGAUGGCGUCUUUUCUGCCCUAAAAAUGGCAGAGUUGGAGUUCCCCCAGUUUGAAACUCUUCAUCUGGGAUAUGUAGAUGAGUUUUUGCUGCAGAGCAGAAUGGCUAAUGCAGAUCUGGUGAAGUACGGUCUGGCCGAUGUGGUAGAAAAUCCUGGUAUUAUCACUGAUAUAGGGAUGAAGGCAGUCAACGAAGUUUUUUCCUGUAUCAAAUAUCUGGCAAUUUAUAAUUGCCCCCAUCUACAUAAUCCAUACAAUUGGAUCUCAGAUCACUCAAGAUGGACACGAUUGGUUGAUAUCAACUUAGUGCGGUGCCAUGCUUUGAAGCUGGACUCCUUCGGCCAGUUUAUUGAAUUAUUGCCCAGCCUGGAGUUUAUUUCACUGGACCAGAUGUUUCGUGAACCACCCAAAGGCUGUGCUCGAGUUGGUCUAAGUGCAGGCACUGGAAUUGGGGUGUCCUCAGCCCUUGUCAGCAACCAGAACUCUAACAACGACAAUGAUAACAAUGCCCAGAAUAAUGCCAACAUCCAUGACAACAAUCAUCAUCCAGAUGACUCAGAUGAGGAGAAUGACUUCCGGCAGGAUCUACAACCAGGAGAGCAGCAGUUUGCAGCCGACGCAUUGAAUGAGAUGGAAGACAUGGUGCAAGAAGAUGGAGAGAUGAUGGCUGAGAGUGGACAUGAGACUCCAGCUCACAGUCAGGCAGUUCUUCCUGUGGAUGUUGAUGAGGAACAAGCAGGACCCAGUGGGCUUCAGCGUGUAGUAAAACCAACCCCAAUUACUGUUCAUGAUUCAGAGAGUGAUGAUGAGGAAGAUAGUCUAGAGCUCCAAGAAGUCUGGAUUCCUAAGAAUGGUACUCGGCGUUACUCUGAGCGGGAAGAAAAAAAGAGAGAGUCAGAGCAGUCCAGGGAAUUGUCAGUAAGUGGAAAAGGCAAGACUCCACUUCGAAAGAGGUACAACUCCCAUCAGAUGGGCCAAUCGAAGCAGUUUCCCCUCGAGGAAAGCAGCUGUGAGAAAGGCUGUCAGGUCACCAGUGAGCAGAUCAAAGCCGAUAUGAAAGCAGCUAGGGAUAUUCCUGAAAAGAAAAAAAACAAGGAUGUGUAUCCCAGCUGCAGCAGCACCACCGCCAGCACAGUGGGAAACUCCAGCUCACUCAGCACUGCUUCUCAAAGCCCUGACUGUGUAAGGACGGUGAACAGCAGCGGCUCUUCCGAGCCUAGCCCUACAGAAGUGGAUGUGUCCAGGCAGUGUGUCUGCUCCCCCGCUGGGUCAGAGGACUCUGAGGCCAUGGAGGAGGGAGAUGCAGAGAGUUCUGUCUGCCCCAGAUGCUGCUGUCACAGGCCCCAGGAAUCCCAAAGGAGAACUAGCAGGUGUUCUGAUGAGGAACGUCCUUCAACCAGCCGAGCCUGUGUUGUGAAUGGCCCGGAUGGUACGAGAUCCGCCUUUUCCUUUAGGACUCUGCCACAAGGGGGGUCUUCAGGCCCAGCACAUGAUGAGAGGACUAAUGGGAGUGGCUCUGGGGCUACAGAGGUUGCUAAAACAAAGCCACGGCAUACUAUGAAGCGGAAGCGGACAGCAGAUAAGUCUACCAGUACCAGUGAUCCUGUGAUUGAGGAUGACCAUGUGCAGGUCCUUGUGUUAAAGUCCAAAAAUCUUGUUGGAGUCACUAUGACCAACUGUGGAAUCACAGAUCUGGUGCUAAAAGACUGUCCCAAGAUGAUGUUCAUCCAUGCUACCAGGUGCAGGGUACUGAAGCAUUUAAAAGUAGAAAAUGCACCACUUGUAAACCGAUUUGACUAUGCACAAUGCAAGAAACUGAACAUGGAUCAGGUAUUAGACCAGAUACUACGGAUUCCUCCUGAGAGAAACCGCAUCAUAUACCUACGCCCAAUGCAGCAGGUGGACACGCUGACGUUGGAGCAGAAGCUGUUCAGUGGCCCCUACCCCUACCACAUCUGUAUCAUCCAUGAGUUCAGUAACCCUCCCAAUGUGCGGAACAAGGUGCGCAUUCGCAGCUGGAUGGACACCAUAGCAAACAUCAAUCAAGAGCUCAUUAAGUAUGAAUUCUUCCCCGAAGCCACACGAACUGAAGAUGACUUGAAGAAGUACCCCAAGUACCCCUGGGGCCGAGACAUCUAUACUUUAGAAGGGGUUGUGGAUGGCGCUCCGUAUUCCAUGAUUUCUGACUUCCCCUGGUUGAGAUCACUACGGGCAGCAGAACCCAACAGCUUCGCCAGAUAUGAUUUCGAAGAUGAUGAAGAAAGCACCAUCUAUGCUCCUCGAAGGAAAGGGCAGCUGUCAGCAGACAUCUGUAUGGAGACAAUCGGAGAAGAAAUUUCAGAGAUGCGUCAGAUGAAGAAGGGGGUGUUUCAGCGAGUGGUGGCAAUUUUUAUCCACUACUGUGAUGUCAAUGGAGAGCCGGUUGAAGAUGACUACAUUUGACUGGUCCCUCCUAUUUCCCUGCUGUUUUGGCAGAGCCAGGGGCCGUACAGCUGCCAGAGAGGCCCUGGGGACUCGGGACUGCGGCUCAGUGUGUUACAGGAAAUGUAUAAGGAGCACUGAAGUUGUAUACAAAGAUUUGUACAUAAGGAGCUAUACAAAGACACUUCCCGAGUACCAACUGUAUAUCAUAUGUUUAUACAGUUUAAUUUAAAAGUUCAUUUUAAUGAAGGCAGAUCAUUGGAAGGAGUUCAUUUUCUUGACUUAGUUUAUAAAGUCACUGGCUGAGCCUCCAUUUACUAUAUUCUUCAUAAUCAUUGUCACCCCCUUAAAUCUGUGCCUUUUCUUCUCGAGCGAAGCAGUUUGAGUAAAUCUGUUGAAGAGUC